UCGACGCCGCGGUUCCCAUGACGACGCCGCCGCUAGUCACGGCUGUGUUCGCCGCCCAGCAGCAGCAGCAGCAGCAGCAGCAGCAGCAGCAGCAGCAGCAGCAGCAGGCGGGGCGGGACGUGAACACGGCCUCCCUGUGUCGCAUCGGCCAGGAGACGGUGCAGGACAUCGUGCUCCGGACCAUGGAGAUCUUCCAGCUGCUGAGGAACAUGCAGCUGCCCAACGGGGUGACCUACCACCCCAACACCCACCAGGACCGGCUGGGCAAGCUGCAGGAGCACCUGCGCAUGCUGUCGGUGCUGUUCCGCAAGCUGCGGCUGGUCUACGACAAGUGCAACGAGAACUGCGCCGGCAUGGACGCCACGCCCCCAGAGGUGAGGCCCCCCGGGGGGGGGCCCUGCGGGGCCGAGCUCAAACGCUUUGGCCCCGGGGGGCAGUAGCGUCAUUCUCCAAAUGAUCCAAAUAACUAUCACUAAUUAUCACUUUUCCACCUAUCCUCUUCAGUGAGAUGGAUCGGGUUUUGGGUUGUAUGAUUGUGAUGUGAAAUAGUGGGGAUUAUGGGAUGUUCGGCCCCUGGUCUUUAAAGGAAAUUUCCCCUUUGGAGACACGAAUCUGUAUUGAAAAGUGGGUCAUAUAUUUAGAUUUCAAAUUUUGUGCCUUCUUCACCGAGAAAAGGCAGACAGUGGCUUUUUGGCGCUUGCGGAUUGAAGACGACAACUCCCACAAUGCCAAUCAACGUUCACUCCGUGAGGGACGUAACAUUACAGCCAAUCAGCGUUCACUCAGUGAGGGUCGUAACACAACAGCCAAUCAGCGUUCACUCAGUGAGGGACGUACCAUAACAGCCAAUCAGCGUUCACUCAGUGAGGGUCGUAACAUAACAGCCAAUCAGCGUUCACUCAGUGAGGGUCGUAACAUAACAGCCAAUCAGCGUUCGGAAAAAUAAUGUACUAUGUCGGACACGGGUGCUGGUCGGGUUGGACGCCUGAACAUUGCGGGUUGGUCGCGGAUUUUGCGAUUGCGUGCGAUUGCAAAAUAAGACCCGUGUAUUGAUUCUCUGAUUUAGAUAUAGAGCUCAAGGUCUCCCGCCGGAGCUCCCGGAGUGUUCUAGAAUAUCUUAUAGACCACGGCCGAAAGCUGUGUGCACCGGAUGAUAUAAUGAAUAAACGACUGCGUCUCUGGUACAACAUCAUUGCUUCUUUAGCACUCGUGUGAUCUUCCGGUCACAACGGUCACACGGUAACGUCAGAAACCAUACUGUAGAGCAAAUUCACACAUUUGUACAAUACACCUCAUGCAAUAAGUCACAGGUUGUAUCAUAUACAAUACACUUCAUUUAAUAAGUCACAGGUUGUAUCAUAUACAAUACACUUCAUUUAAUAAGUCACAGGUUAUAUCAUAUACAAUACACUUCAUUCAAUACGUCACAGGCUAUAUCAUAUACAAUACACUUCAUUCAAUAACUCACAGGCUAUAUUAUAUACAAUACCCUUCAUAAAAAAACUCACACGCUAUAUCAUCAAUGGAUGCUUUUUUAAAUUGUUCCAUGUCCAUUAAGACAGGUUAGAAACCUUUCACCAAUAUACUUUCUAAAUUGCAAUUUUACCUUUCAACCGUUCACGGAGCUGAAUUUCAUACAUUGAAUUUUGCAGCUGAAUUUGGGGACAUUGAAAAUAUUUCUGUUGAAUUUUAUACAUUGAAUUUUGCAACUGAAUUUUGCAUAUUGAAUGUUUUUACGUUGAAUGAUGGACUUUGAAUUUGUGAAAAUGCAUUGGCUUGGGCGCCCAACGUUUGGUUGUUAUCAGCCUGUGGCCGUGACAGGUGUUGCUCAGUUUCACAAUCUAUUUGGCCCGUAGUCCAAGGUCACGCCAU